AUGAAGUUCUCCACCAUCGCCGUCUUCGCCACCGCCGCGUUCGCCUCCGUCUACGCCGCUCCUAACGCCAUCCGCCGGCGCGACGUCAACCCCGCGCUCGUCCCCGACUUCGGUGUCGCCCGCGGCGCCAACCCCAAUGGUACUGGGUCCUGUACCGGUCUGAACGGCAUCCUCAUCCCGUGCUCUUGCCCCCCUGACCGUGACUCGUUCAUCGGCUCCCUGAACGCGAACGUCAACGCCGGGCACAUGAUCAACAACCCCGGCAUCGGGGCGCCCUUCCCGACGGGCAACUCCAAGGGCGAGCAGCAGGCGCGGAUCUCGACGCUGCUCUCCACCCUCCAGAACCUCCACGGCCCCGGCGUCGGCUGCCCGGCGGUCGCGACCGUCUACGGCGUGCUCCAGCAGCAGAUCAACGCGCUCCCUUAA